GAACACCAACAGCGAUUGAGGAAUACGAAUAUACUGGUGCCUAAUUCUAUUUCUACAUUUCCCAUGUCCUAGGGUAAGGUAAACGCACACCAAGCCUUAAGCUAUUUUUCAAUAACUCUGUAAUUCCACACGAAAUUCUGCGACCACUGGGCCUCUCGGGCACCCUUUUCCACCCUUCUUUAACACUCUUUGAAUUCUUGAAGGGCACAGCUAAUUCGGGUUGCGGUUGCUUCGCAGGUUUCAAAUUUCAAAAGCAUUUCUGGCGAGAGCUGCAAAUUGCCAUCAUUCUUUGCCAGGUAGAGAUUGAUGCAAGUUUAACUGUUAUGUCUGUACUCAUUGAAGGUCUCCCCGAUGCGGUUGCCCUAAGGUGCCUUGCAUGGGUUCCCUUCUACCUUCAUCCCAAGUUAGAACUCGUUUCCCAUUCUUGGAGGGCAGCUGUUCGAAGUGGUGAACUAUUCAAAGCUCGACAAGAAGUCAAUUCAUCCGAAGAGUUUUUGUGUGUAUGCGCUUUUGAGCCUGAUAAUCAAUGGCAGCUUUACGAUCCUGCUUGUGACCUUUGGAUUAAACUCCCCGUCCUCCCUUCGAAUAUAAGACAACUCGCCCAUUUCGGCGUUGUCUCCACUGCUGGAAAGCUUUUUGUUCUCGGUGGUGGCAGUGAUGCUGUGGACCCCUUGACCGGUGACCAAGACGGAAGCUUUGCGACCGAUGAGGUCUGGAAAUAUGACCCGGUAACCUGGCAAUGGACCCUCUGUGCACCGAUGAUCGUUCCACGUGCAAUGUUCGCUUGUUGUGUAUUGGAUGGGAAGAUAGUCGUUGCGGGGGGGUUUACUAGCUGCCGGAAAUCGAUAUCUAAAGCUGAAAUAUAUGACCCCGAGAAAAACGUCUGGGUUUCAAUACCCGAUCUCCAUCACACUCAUAAUACCGCGUGUACGGGCGUGGUUAUUGACGGUAAAGUUCACGUUUUGCACAAAGGGUUGUCGACAGUUCAGGUCUUGGAAAGUGCGAAGCAAGGUUGGACCGUUCAUGACUAUGGUUGGCUCCAGGGCCCCAUGGCCGUGGUUAGGGGAAAGCUUUAUGUUAUGAGCCACGGCCUCAUUUACAAACAGGAAACGGAAUCGAACAGGGUGGUAGUUUCGGCAUCUGAGUUUCGUAGAAGAAUUGGGUUUGCCAUGACAGGACUCGGGGACGACAUUUACAUAAUCGGAGGGGUCAUUGGCCCCGAGAGGUGGAACUGGGACAUCAUAUCAACGUCUGAUGUCGAUGUUCUGACGCUUGGGAGCGAAAGACCGGCGUGGCGCCAGGUGUCUCCCAUGACAUUAUGCCGGGGAACGAUUCUUGGGUGCACCCAGCUGAGAAUUUAGGUUACCAUCGAUAAUGUGGAGAAGGUUAUUCGUUACUUCUUUCUAUUGUUUUCAGAUAUGGUGUUGAUGAAGGUUUAUGGAAUCGGGUUUUCCUGCUAGCUUAGCUACCUUGUUUUUGCAUAAUUGCAUGCAUGUAAACCAUACUGCUUUUCUGUUUGCAGAGUUUUUACAAUCAAGAAACUUUGUAGCUUUGUGGAUACUUGAAAUCCAGCUUUACUAUGUUAACAUGACAAAUUUGCUUUGUUUUGCU